AUGAGUGGACCAGAGGUUGAGAAGGGAGGCAGGAUAAAAGUCGUGCGUUCCCAAGGUUCUCAGAAGGAUCAACUUGAGGAUCGGAAGGGGAGGGAAGGAGGUGAAGAUGUCAUACAGCUCACAAAGGCGGAGUUAGAUCACAUAACUACGGAGGCGAUAGGUAGGGUACGAAACCCCCAGCCCAACCCGUUGGUGGAGCAGCUGGUGUUCGGUAGGAGUGCAUCAGCAACAUCACGAGCUCUCCCAUCGACUCCCCGAGCAGGAAAGCCAUCAGAUCAUUGUAGAGGUUCGAUGAGGCGCUGCAUUCUACACCAUGUUCAUCGCCCAAGUGGGGUUCCUUUUAUGACUCUGGUGGAGAGUGGUGUUCCGAUCGAGACCACGUUUUAUGUUCAUGCUCUCAGCAGAGCCACAUUUUGGUAA